CCGACUUUAAAGGUUUGCCCGAUGGGCUUGUCAGGGGUCCAGCUUGGUGUUUAGCUCCUCGUCGAAACAACCUGGACCUCUGGGAGGCCAUCUGGGGAAAAAUUCAAGACCUCGGCGGUCUCCAGAGUGGUGUCUCAUUCGAGCUUUGUAAAGGGCAUCAGCGGGGCGGCAGCGAAGUGGCGCGAGGUAAUCGGUGGGCCGACCUGGCUGCCACCAGAGGGCGCGAUCUACAUGGUGCUUCGCAACAGGCCCGUAAGGCCAUGGCUGUCGCCUUCAAGAAUUAUAAUCUUUGUCUCCGAUGGAUGGUGCGUGCCCUCACCAUCUAUGGUGGCACAGGGCGCUGUCCCACCAAGCCUCGGGUUAAGCGUACCCGCCGCGCUCCCCCUCCUGAAGAGGACACGGGUGACACCCCGUCUCAUCUCCGACACGUGUUUGUCAAAGUCCCAGGGAGGAGGAUUUUCCGCUGCGGGUACUGCAAGCUCGGCGCUAAGACUGCCGUGAGAGUCGGUCGCCUCGAGGUCCUCUCUUGCCCUGCUCGCCUUCGGGCUUCGGCGGCUACGCUCGGACUCGAGGCAUCAGAGCUCCCAGAAGACCCCAGGCCUGGCCCCCUUGGGCCUGCGUUGGCCGUCGGCUCCUCCAUGGGCUCUGACGCGUCCCCUUCGGCCUCGGCGUCUCUUCGAGACGCCGAAGCUGGCCGAGACGUGCAGCUUCCUAGUGAGGUGGCCGUGGCUGGCGACGACACCGCCAUGGGGGAGACGUCGCGGCAGGGCCUGGACGAGACGGAGGCGGCCAGCACGGCCGUGGAGAGGUACGACCCGGAGGCCGCUGCCUGGGAGACGCUCGCCCCCAUCGCGGUGGGCCGGCUGGUGGCCAGCCUGGCAGCGAUCGAAGGCUGCCUCUACGUCUGCGGCGGCUCCGGCGCCGCCCCCGCGGGCAGCGACGAGGCAGAGGGCGCUGAGGAGGCCGGCGCGGAGCCGCUGCGCCACUGCGCGCGCUUCGACCCGGAGGCGAACGGCGGCCUGGGCGAGUGGCAGGACCUGCCGCCCCUGGCGGACGCGCGCUGCAGCGCGGGGGCGGCCGUGCUGGGCGGGGCGCUCUACGUCUGCGGGGGCGAGGGCGCCGACGGCAGCGCGCUCGCCGGCGCGGAGCGCUUCGACCCGCGCGCGGGGGCGUGGGAGCGCCUGCCGGCCAUGCGGCGGGCCAGGUCCUUCCCCUCGGUGGAGGCGCUCUGAGGCCCAGCGCCGCGACCCUCCCCCCCCCCCGCCCUUGUCGGCCGCGGCGGCGGCCCCUCCAACCCCCGCGAGGGACGGCGGCCUGCAGAGGGCCGCCCCUGCACCACCGGGGGGGGGGAAGGGCAGGGAAGG